AUGCUUAACGGGUUAGUGCUUUUGCUGUUCAUAUCAGAGGCUUUGGCAGGCAUAAAUGUCUUAAGCGCGGUAGAAAAUGUAAUAUCACGCCCGAUACAAGAAACUCUUGCCGACUUGAAGGAUUUCAUCGAAAUUGCCGCUGAAAAUGGAUAUAUUGCUGAAAAACAUGAAGUAGUAACCGAAGAUGGAUACAUACUGACAAUGUUUAGAAUACCUCCUGGAAACAAUUGCACGAAAAAAGUACCAAUACUGGUAAUGCAUGGCCUUCUCCAAGGAGCGGAGGGCUUUUUAGACGCGGGACCAGAAGCGCCCGGCUUCUUGUUAGCUCAAGAGUGCUACGACUCGUGGUUCGGCAACGUUCGCGGCAACUACCACUCCCGGAGGCACAAGACCUUAAAUCCGGAUAAAGACUUGAAAUUUUGGCAGUUCUCAGUCGACGAAAUAGGGAAAUACGACGUUCCAGCCAUGGUCGACUAUGUGCUUGAUGCGACAGCAAUGAAACAGCUUAUUUAUCUAGGUUAUUCUCAAGGAGGCCUAGCUUUUUUUGUCAUGAACUCCGAGAGACCUGAAUAUGCGAAGAAGAUUAAACUUUUUUUUGUAUUAGCGCCGGCUUCGAGACAAUAUAACACACGUUCCGAAUUAUUAAGAGUAGCAGCAAGCACUGUAAAUUCCUUAAGAAUCUCCCUAGAAACAGCUGGAGUGUGGGAGAUCCUAUCUCAAGGUUUUCCUAUCCAAGGAUCACUGACUACCUUGUGCACAGUUGAGUUACUGUCAGCAGUUGUUUGUGGUUUGGCCAACACAUUGGUGGAUUCCUCUCAUCCAGGCUCUGUUACGCCUGAAACUCAAAAAAGAUUAUUCCAGCAUGCUCCGGCCGGGACUUCUAUUCAGAACUUCGCCUGGUAUGGACAAUCGUUUAAAAGUCUCAAAUUUAGCAAGUUUGAUUUUGGACGCGUGAAGAAUAUGCAGGUUUAUGGAAAGACUACACCACCAGAAUAUAAUAUGGGAGCGGCAAAGUCACCGGCUGUGAUAUUUCACGGUGAUGGAGACCACCUUGUUGAUACGAAAGACGUAGCCUGGGCUGUUGAACGACUUCCGAACGUGUUAGAAUUCUACAUUGUGAAAGAUCCACUGUGGAAUCAUUUAGAUUUAUGCUACAGUCGCUACUGGAAAGACAUUAUAUUUGUUCCAGUGAAGAAGUAUUUAAAGCAAUACGGCAGCAUUGAUGAUAAUUUUAAGAGUGUAACGAAGAAGAAGACUUCCCUGAAUAAAAUACAAUGA